GCCUAUGACCGCCUCACGAAUGAUUUGAACGCUGCAUUCUAAUCUCCUUAAUUCCUACACCGCAGCGCCGCCGCACCCAAGUUCUGCGCUACCCCGAACGCCGCUUUCUCUGAGUGCACCAUCUGGCAUUCCGCAACAUUCACAAUGGCCGACACAAACAAGGCAGAGGAGAAAGACAUCCGGCCGACGAGCUCACACAGCUCGGAUAGAGAGGGUGACGACUUUGAGGACGCAUCGGAGAUUACCCCUCGCCCCGACUCCCACUCCGAACGCUCACGAUCCUCACGGUCGCUCAUCAGCAGACCCGGCUCGUCGUCUUCCACCGCGCAAGAUAGCAGAGCAGACUCGCCAGUCCCCGAAGUACCGAGCAUACCCAGAAAUGUAGACGGCAAAGCAGAGCCCGCCAGCGGGGAUGCGGCGCCCACAAAAUCGCCGCUGCUCACAGCACACCGGAUAUCCGUGACAUCAGACAUGGACGACGUGUCGCUGGACGGAGAGGGCGCAAAAGCACUCCCAAAAUUACCCCCGCGAGACUCCCGAGACUCAACCACAAUGCAGGGCUUGUCCGGCCGCAUGUCGCCCGUCAAGUUCCCUCCACCACCGCCGCCGCCUGCACAGGAGAAGCCUGCCCCACCACCCCCAGCCGGACGGAAACUGACUAGCCCCUUCUCGUGGCUGUCCCGGAACACCUCAAAUAAGAAGGCCGACUCACCACCUGCGCCCUUGGCCGACAGAAGAAACACAAAUGCUUCCGUAAACACACUUGGCAGCAACCCCGAACUCACGCUGAGCAGAAUCGACGACGAAGGCGAUAUGCGGUCGAACAACCGGUCGAGCCAGGGCAGUCUGCGCGACCGAUUCAAGUUCUUGAGGAUGCGGGAAGAGGCUGGUAUAACCAUGGAUGAGGGCAUGACCGAGUCUGGCGAGGCUGGGCUUGUUGGCCGUACCACCAGCAUCAACCUUGGAAUUGGCAGCCCCACGGGCAUCGCUGCAGACGACCACGCAUCAGGACCGACAAGUCCAGCUGCUGGACCUACCCGACAACCGACAAUCAACCCGGCUUUGGCUCCCGGUACCGCUGCAGGCUUUGCGUCUGGUCCUGCUGGAGAUAUCGCUGAGCCUGUAGACUGGGACCUGUGGCAGUCUGUUGUUAACGAGGGGCCGACCGCCAUCGCACGCACCAGUUCCGAGGAACUCAGUCGUGCCAUUGCCAACGGUAUCCCUCAGGUCAUUCGUGGCGUCAUCUGGCAGGUCCUUGCGCAAAGUAAAAGUGAAGAACUGGAGGGCAUGUAUCGGGAGCUUGUUGCGCGGGGAACAGACAAGGAGCACAUGACUGUAAAGACACCCAACACGAGCGCUCCAACCAAUGGCAACGGAAGAGAGAAAGACUCCGUUGCUUCAUCCUCCUCCUCAGUACACUCGGACGCCUCGACGCCCGCAACUACCAAUGGAAGCUCAAAUGCCCCUCUUCCAUCACCAUCAGUCACAUCGGAUUCGUUCGAAGAUCCUCUCAAGGCGCAAGCAAGGCUUGCCGCCGAGCGAAAACAGAGCGCCAUCGAAGUAUCAAAGUUGGAGAAGACUAUCAAACGUGAUCUGGGUGCAAGGACGAGCUACUCCAAAUACGUCAUGGCAGCCGGUCUUCAGGAUGGUCUUUUUGGCAUCUGCAAAGCCUAUGCCCUGUACGACGAAGCUGUGGGCUACGCUCAAGGCAUGAACUUCAUUGCCAUGCCCCUAUUGUUCAACAUGCCAGAGGAAGAGGCCUUCAGCCUGUUUGUCACUUUGAUGAACAAGUAUGGCCUUCGCGACCUUUUCGUCGCGGACAUGGCAGGGCUCCAUCUUCAUCUUUACCAGUUUGAGCGUCUUCUCGAGGAGUUCGAGCCCGCCCUCUACUGCCAUCUUCGCCGAAGAGAGGUCAAGCCCCAACUCUACGCCACACAAUGGUUCCUAACACUGUUUGCGUACCGCUUCCCUCUGCAGCUGGUGCUACGUAUCUACGAUUUGAUUCUCAGCGAGGGCCUUGAGCUGGCCAUCUUGAAGUUUGGCAUCGUGCUUAUGCAGAAGAACGCCGAAGCACUGCUCGGCAUGAAAGACAUGUCGACGCUUACGACCUUCCUCAAGGAGAAACUGUUCGAUGUGUACAUCGACAAGGCUCCCUCCGCCAACUCCAUCUUGGAGAAUGGUUUCUUCGGUUCAACGGCCGGUAUCGACAAGGAGGUGUACCGCGCUGAUAUGCUCGUCAAGGACGCUGUCGCCAUAAAGAUCUCACCCGAGAUGCUUAAGCAGUAUACCGCAGAGUGGAAGGAACAACGGCGGAUCGAUAAAGAUCGCGAGACUGAACUACACGGCCUGAAAGACAGAGUCGCAUCUCUGGAGACGAAGGUGCGACUGCUUGAGAACCGUGCCGAGCAGUCCGACAUGGAGCAUGUUCAAGUCGCGUCUGAAUUGAUCAAGACCAAGGUUGAGAACGAGCAAAUAGCAGAAGAGAACGAAACCUUGAAGACAAAGGUUGAGGAGCUGCAAAAGAUCGUGGACACUCAAGCCGAGGAGGUCGAAGCGCGGCUGAAGAGCGAGAUGGAGACAGUGAUGCAGAAGAACAUUGUGGUCCACAACGAAAACCGAGCUCUCGAAGAACAGAUGGCAGAAAUGGAAAAGGAGCUGGUGGCGGCGAAGAUGGAGUGGGCAACCGUGAGUUUACUGCAUGCAUUCGGCAAGCAGCGAGCGUAUCUAACACAAACGCAGAUCAACGAAGAGCACGAGAAACUCACGCAAAAAUGGAACAGCAUCUCUAACAUGAUGAAGUAAUCAUGCUGAGUAUUGUUCUGUUUAUAUACACGCUGAGAUUGACUUGCGUUAGCAAGCCAGCGUCGUAUCCGAGCACCAUCUAUUCGCCAACACGGAAAAGUUCAUGAUUUACAUUUCAUGUCAAUAUUCGCUGCCGUUCUCGCAGGACGCAUUCGUUCGUCCUCUUUGCUUAGGCACGUUUGGAACCAGCGUGGUCCAUCUACCACACGUUCAUCUAUACCCAUGACAUCGAAGACUCAACGCGUUACGAUAAGUUUCUUUUUUUUCUGAAUUCAAGUGUCUCUGGAUAAGGCAUAGGUGCUGGAGUAGUGCAUGAAAUGGUGUUUGGGUAACAAUUUCGCGAUAUCGCUGUGACCGCGACGCAGCAUCGUAGUGAUAGUUUCUAGUUUCUAGUUAUCAUAGAAUGAUGAACCAUUCAAUUAUGUU